AUGUCCGCACCUACUGCACCCCCCAUUCUAGACUUUGCCGCAUUUUACGGCAGUGACGUCGAUGCAAAGGAAAAGCUGGUAGAGGAUGUUAGAAAGUGUUGCCUGCGCAAUGGGUUCUUCCAGAUUACUGGGCACCGCGUGAAGCUCGACUUACAGAAACGCGUCAUGAAAUGUUCCCAACGAUUCUUUGACCUCCCUUUGGACGAGAAAUUGCAAAUUGACAAAAAUCUCAAUUCGUUCAAUCGUGGUUACGAACUUCUCCGGUCGCAAAUGCUCGAAGCUGGGACCGGACCCGAAUUGAAGGAAGGUCUCUAUAUUGGCGAAGAGAUUCCCGAGGAUCACCCAUACUUUGUGCAGAAGAAAUUGAACAGUGGUCCAAAUCAAUGGCCGCAAACCGUCUCAGACCGAGAGGAGUUCCAGAAGACUACAAUGGAAUACUACCACGCCGUGUUUGAGUUGGCGAAGGACGUCCUUGGAGUGAUUGCUUUAACUCUAGGCGUAGAUUCUAAUUUCUUCCACCCUCUCACUGACGGCGCGGUGGCGACGAUGCGGUAUUUACAUUACCCAGCACAGCCGAAAGACGAAGACGAGAGAUUGAAUCGUGGAAUUGGUGCUCACACUGACUUUGGCUGUGUGACUCUGCUUCUUCAAGAUGAAGUGGACGGUCUUCAAGUUCUGGACGCGCCCUCUGGGCAAUGGCUUGAUGUGAAACCAGUUGAAGGAGCCUACGUUGUGAACCUCGGAGAUCUUUUUAUGCGCAUGGCGAACGACAAAUAUAAGUCUAACAUACACCGUGUUAUCAAUAAGUCCGGGCAAAAAAGAUACUCGAUUCCGUUUUUCUUCAGCGGGAACCCUGACUACCUCUGUGAAUGCCUUCCGAAUUGCCGGGCACCGGGCGAGCCUGCGAAAUAUCCGCCUAUUACUGUCCAGGAUAUGGUGACUGGAGCUUAUAAGGAGAGUUACGGACGAGCAGAGAAAUACAAAAAAGAGAUUGAGAGCAAGAAGCUAGCGGUUGUACCCUCAGUUGCUGCUGUUGGCGCAUAG